AUGGCUGCCGACACUAUUUCCACCGAAAAUAGCAACAGGCUCGCUAGACGUAUCCAGAAGGACGUUACCGCAUCUGCUGCCUUGAAAGCAUCAUGGCAAAGCACAAAGAGAAUGUCAGUCGGCUUUACAAUACGCACGAAGGAGGUAGCUCUGAUGUUUCCAAUGAACGCCCUCUCAGGCCAGAAGUCCUGCAAUAUUGUAAACAAGGGCUGCUGGAGACAGAUGGUGAGACAAGCAACACAGGAACUGAUUAAAUUCUCACAAUGCAAGAAUUAUGACGGGAAAGCAAAGAGCAAGAUCUGCGGUCCUUGGGGCUCCAUCUGCAUUGAACAGUCUAUAGAGGAUUGGAACAACGAGGUAAUAAUGGAAGCAGGCAUAGUUUUUGAUGAGGAUGAUCACUGGAGGAGCGAAAUCAAAUUACGUGUAAAGAGAUUAGGGAGGUCUCUAAUCUGCAUAUAUGGACGCGCAAGCUACGUCAGCUAA